UAGAGAUCCUUCUCCUGGUAAACACUCAGAGGUGACCCGGUCUCCUGAAGGCCGGCCCUCAGCGAUCCAGUCGGCGUUUCUCGGUCUCCUGGUUCCGUCCAGGCCUUUUGGGUCGUCAGGGUCACCGGGGUCACCGGGGUCACUGUCGCGACCCAUCAGUAUUUAACACCAAACGGAGCCGAAGAACAUCUGUCCUACACAGAAGAACCGGCUGGACGCUACCAUCAACACCACAUCAGCAGUGAGGUCAGCAGUGAGGUCAGCAGUGAGGUCAGCAGUGAGGUCAGCAGUGAGGUCAGCAGUUAGGUCAACCCGGCUCCAGCCGUACACAGAGAGAGGAAGAGGAGGAGAUGGGAGGAAGAGUGUGCAGGGAGGAGGUGAAGGAGGAGAAAAGGCGAAGCCCGGGCAGAGAGGACAGCCUGACGUCUGCCGACAAAAUCAGAAGAUUCACCAAGCAGUCUGGACACAACGUCCUGAGCCUGGCCCGCCGUGGACUCAAGGACGCUCCGGGGGAGCUGUGGGAGCUGCUGGAGCUGGAGAAGCUGAACCUGUCCCUCAACAACCUGAAGGCGCUGCCGCCUCAGCUGGCCCUGCUGUCCAACCUGCUGGUCCUCAACCUGUGGGGGAACCAGCUCGGCAGCCUGCCGGCAGAGAUCGGCCAGCUGAGGAGACUCCGGGUUCUGUUCGUCUACAGAAACAGACUGACGGAGGUUCCUGAGGAGCUGGGGGCCUGCACACAGCUGGAGGUCCUGAGUCUGGCCAACAACCAGCUCUCCUCUCUGCCGGCUUCUCUCUCCAACCUGACCAGACUGAGGAAGCUCAACCUCAGCCACAACCUCAUGGCUCAGCUGCCAGGCUGCAUCUACAGCAUGAAGGCCCUGGUCUUCCUGGAUCUGUCCUGCAACCGUCUGGAGAACGUGGCAGAGAACAUCCAGGCUCUGCUGGAGCUCAAGAUCCUCAUCAUGGAGAGAAACCAGCUCCAGUCUCUGCCCAGAGGCCUCUGCUUCCUCACCAGGCUGGAGCUGCUCAACCUGGACUUUAACCACAUCAGAGACCUUCCUGAGAUGGUGCUGAAUGGCUGCUCUACCUGGUGGGCUGUGCAGAGUCAGUCACUGCUCAUCUAUCAUCUCAUCGUCUCAGAGUGUAUGAGGAGCAGAUGUUUCCCAGAAAUGCUGCUCUGCUCCCCUCUGAGCUUACGUUCUAGUUUCCUGAGGUCACCUUUAGCAACAUUGUCCUUCAGGUGUUUCCUUGUGACGCCUUGGAUUUAUCCACUGAGUAGUUUGAGAUCCUGGCCUUUUUUCCCCUGGUGACACUGUGGACUGUUAGAGUCUCUUUCCAAAACACAGAAGAACCAGUUCCUAGAUUUUCAGCUGGCAGUCAGAGCAUUCCUCAGUCUCCUCAUCUGAAACUUACCUGUCCGCCCUCCACCUCAGCCUAGCCUCCAC